CGCGAUGCCCGAGCCGGCCAAGUCCGCCCCCGCGCCCAAGAAGGGCUCCAAGAAAGCCGUGACCAAGACGCAGAAGAAGGGCGACAAGAAGCGCAAGAAGAGCCGCAAGGAGAGCUACUCGAUCUACGUGUACAAGGUGCUGAAGCAGGUGCACCCCGACACGGGCAUCUCGUCCAAGGCCAUGGGCAUCAUGAACUCCUUCGUCAACGACAUCUUCGAGCGCAUCGCCGGCGAGGCCUCGCGCCUGGCGCACUACAACAAGCGCUCCACCAUCACCUCGCGGGAGAUCCAGACGGCCGUGCGGCUCCUGCUGCCCGGCGAGCUGGCCAAGCACGCCGUCUCCGAGGGCACCAAGGCCGUCACCAAGUACACCAGCUCCAAGUAGGGCGUCUCAGAUCGUCAGUUUUAACCCAAAGGCUCUUUUAAGAGCCACCCACCUUUUCAAUAAAAGGGCUGUACAGUCAAAUCUGGAAAAGACUAAUUCUUUAGUGUGAAUUCUUAAUUUACUGUCUUUUAAAGUCCUAUUUAAGAUGAAUUUCGAUAAUGUAUUGUUCUUUAAUUUUCUGUGUCGGGGAACAUAUACUUUAUCUGGGCAACAAAUGACUUGC